GCUGCGCCGCCAUUUUGUGCGAGCGGCGGCCGGGAGGCGCGGGCAGCCGCAGCCGUGCCCGCCAUGCCGUCCGCGCCGCUCCGCGUGGCCGUGGUGUGCUCCAGCAACCAGAACCGCAGCAUGGAGGCGCACAACAUCCUCAGCAAACGAGGAUUCAGCGUCCGAUCCUUUGGCACAGGGACUCACGUGAAACUGCCAGGACCAGCCCCGGACAAGCCAAAUGUUUAUGACUUCAAAACAACAUAUGAUCAGAUGUACAAUGAUCUGCUUAGGAAAGACAAAGAACUAUACACACAGAAUGGAAUUUUACACAUGUUGGACAGAAAUAAGAGAAUCAAGCCACGACCAGAAAGAUUCCAGAACUGCAAAGAUGUUUUUGAUUUGAUCCUAACAUGUGAAGAAAGAGUCUAUGAUCAAGUAGUAGAAGAUUUAAAUUCCAGAGAGCAGGAGACGUGUCAGCCAGUCCAUGUGAUCAACGUGGACAUUCAGGAUAACCACGAGGAGGCAACGCUGGGUGCUUUCCUCAUCUGUGAGCUCUGCCAGUGUAUACAGCACACAGAAGAUAUGGAAAAUGAAAUAGAUGAGCUGUUACAGGAAUUUGAAGAGAAAAGUGGAAGGACUUUUCUUCAUACUGUCUGCUUUUAUUAAAGCACAUCUGUCUCUUAGGCCUUAAUACAGAUGAGGGAAGCAUGUGUUUAAAGUUCUGAUUAUACUGUAUUUUCCUGGAAAAUGAAUAUUGAUCUUUUGUUUGUUUGUUUGUUUGUUUGUUUAAAAACUCCUUUUCAGUGUCCUUUUUUUUUUUUUUUUUUCAGGUAUUCUGUCACAGGUAGGCAGAGAUACUGCUUGGGCUUGUACAUAUAAAAAAUGAUUAAAAGUAUACACAAAGGCCACCUAUUUAAAAAUGAAAAUCAAGUUUUUCUUUAAAUCCUACUUUAAUUAUUAUAAGUAGGUUUUUAAUUAUAAAGAGAAUGUUUCUUGAAUAUAAGUUUAUAAUGUAUUUUUCCAGCUUAUGGAUUUAUUUUAUUUCAGUUGUGCUUUUUUUGGGGGUUUUGUUGGUUUUUUUUUUUUUUUUAAUUUUAAUGUGACAGAAUGGCUGAACUCUGUGAGGAUGUGAAUGGAACAAUGAAAAAACCGAGUAUCUGUAUAUUAUUAGCUAUAAAGUUGGAAGCAUCCAAUAAAAAUAAAAAACCUGUAA